UGUAUUCACCAAUUGUGUAUUUUCCCAUUAAUAUAAUGAACACAUACGGGAACAUCGUGGUCAGAGAUAUAGGCAUCAAACCUGGCACGCUCUGCUGGUUAAAGUGCAUAUCAUGCCCAUACCUGUGGUGAGAGUUGGUUAGCUUUGCACCCAAUUUGAUCUUUAUCUAGUGAGAUCGACUCAGUUACAUAAAUGAUUAUCUCCUAAGUAGAUAAUUUAAGAGACAAGCUCUACAGGUAUGAGAGAACCUCAAAAGCUGAUUUCACUUUUCUGAGCCAUUUUGAUCCCGAUAUGAAUGACCAAUGGUGUAGAAAGUGUUUGAAUUAUUGUUUUAGGCUGUAAUUAUAAUUUUUGUCCAUUGGUGAGACUUCUAUAACUAUGAUGAGAACAGCCGCAUGACCACAUUAACUUCUCUGGAAGCAAUCAGGGACCUCAGGGUCAAACAUUUACACAUCAGAUGUCAACUAGUGUAGCUUUGCUUAAUUAUCCAGAAAACUAGUUCAUUAGGAAAAACACAGAGAAAAUGGGGCCUGAGAGCAAACUCACCGUUAGAUAUGCAGACCAUGCAUUCUGACUGGGUCUUUUCAUUACAAACCUUCUGCACGGAGCCCUGAGAAACAUCUGGAGUCCUGAAUUCCUGGCCUACAUUUACUUUCAUUGUAAUCGAACAGAAAGACACGGAAGGCAGAAAUGAUGGAUCGUCUGCUGAGGAGAUGCCGAAUCAAGAGCAGUUUGUUCAGAGAAUGUCUGGCAGAGUUUUUCGGAGUAUAUGUUUUAAUACUUUUUGGGUGCGGAUCAGUUGCUCAGGUGACAACCUCUCAAAACACUAAUGGUGAAUACCUGUCAAUCAACCUCGGGUUUGCAUUGGGCACCACAUUUGGGAUUUAUGUGGCAAAAGGAGUCUCAGGAGCUCACCUGAAUCCAGCAGUUUCCCUCACCCUGUGUGUCCUGGGCAGGUUUUCCUGGACUUGUCUUCCAUUCUAUGUGUGUUCGCAGCUGUUAGGUGCAUUUUUGGCUGCAGCAACUGUUGCUCUUCAGUACUAUGAUGCCAUAAUGGAUUUCACUGGAGGGCAUCUGACAGUUAGUGGUGCCACUGCCACCGCUGGUAUCUUCUCAACUUAUCCAGCAGACUACCUGAGUCUAUGGGGAGGAGUGGUGGACCAGAUAAUUGGCACAGCUGCUCUGCUAGUAUGUGUUCUUGCAUUGGGAGAUCCUCAUAACACACCAGCUCCUCCUGGUCUGGAGCCUGUCCUGGUAGGAGCAGCUGUCCUGGUGAUCGGCAUCUCGAUGGGGUCUAACAGCGGAUAUGCCAUCAACCCGGCUCGAGACUUCGGCCCGAGACUCUUCUCUUACAUUGCUGGCUGGGGAGAUGACGUGUUCAGGGCUGGUCAUGGCUGGUGGUGGAUACCUGUGUUUGUAACGUGUGUGGGUGCUCUCCUGGGCGCAUUACUCUAUGAGCUGCUGAUUGGAGUUCAUCAUCCAGACUCAGAGCCUGAGGAUGCUGAAGACCUGAAAGCUGUGCAUCAGCAAACUGUGGAGCUGGACGGCAUGCAGCCACAAUUUGACACCGUUAAAGAAAACGGCAAGCACGGAAUCUUUUCCAUAACCUCAGCAGACAUUGGCUGAAGUGAAAAGAACCUGCAAAAUUUGAAUUGUUAAUAUUUAUAUGCUAAAUGCAUUUAAUUUAAGGAUUAUUAUCUUUAUGAUAUUAAAAGAAAUAUGAAAAAGGUAUCUUUGUUGUAUAUGAACUGGGUUAAUGUGGAUUUUUUAUUAGGUUUGUUAAUGAUCAAAUAUAUCAUCAUUGACUUUGUAAAACCUUAAAGGAUAUGUCUAAAAAUAAAUUUCUGUUUAAAAUAAUGUAGCACAAUAUCUACAUGAUAUACUGUCUUGCCUACUGUUGAAUUACUGCUCAGUAAAUUCAACAGAAAUGUAGUACUUUAUAUUCAUAUUUUGUUAGCUUUAUCAAAAAUCAUGUACUGAAUUCUCUAAUGAAGUGGUAAGACUUUAUAAUAUUGUUUUAUUUGUUAAAAUUAAGAUUAAUCAUUUCAAGUUUUGUGAACUAACCUGA